UCCUGUUAAGGUUUAGUUUAGGUUUUACUCUCUAAAUCAUAAGCAGCAUAAUAUGAAGCAAUGGUACAGGCGCUGUCUUCUCUGGGUUUGCAUGGUUAUGAUUGGUGCUCUCUCUGUGACACAAGUAGUGCAAGUGGUCAGUGUUGGUGGGGAGGUAACCAGUUAUGAUGAAUCCUCUAAACCUUCCAUGCAAUUUCCCAAUUUCUCUCACCAUGAAGAAAUGGAUGAUUUGAUGGACAAAAUAAUUUGGUUUAUUCAAGUAAGUGACCUUCACUUCAGUAUAUGGAAUGAUAAGUCCCGCAUCACAGAAUUCAGAGAUUUCUGUCGUCAUUCAAUUAGAACAAUUGAACCAGCAGUUGUUCUUGCAUCUGGUGACUUGACUGAUGCGAAGUCAGUUGAUGGCAUGGGGUCUCUGCAGUACGAGGAAGAGUGGCAAUACUACAAGACUAUCCUGCAGGAGACGGGCCUCUAUAACAACACCGUCUGGCUGGACAUCAGAGGCAAUCAUGACAACUUCAACAUGGCAUCGCUGUCAUCUGCCACAAACCUGUACAAGAGUCACAGCGUGCAGGGCGGCCGUCACCCACGCAGCUACUUGCACUCAGUGCGGCGUGCCGGCGUGUCGGUGGCCUUCAUUGCUGUGGACACCACGCUGCUGCCCGGUCCUAAACGACCCUUCAAUUUCGUUGGAGUGCUGCCGCCCUCAGAGCUGUCUUUGCUGCAGCGGCUAGCAGAGGAGGCACGUGCAAGUCACAACCACACCGUAUGGUUUGGCCACUACCCAACCUCCUGCAUCAUAGGGCCUGAGCAUGGCUGCAAGGACCUGCGUAUGGCGAUGUCAGGAGGCGUGGCGUACCUGUGCGGCCACCUGCACAGCCUGGGGGGCCUGGUGCCGGCCAUGCACGCCCGUCAGCUCAACGGCCUCCUCGAGCUCGAACUCGAGGACUGGAAGGAUGGCCGCAUGUUUCGAGUGAUGGCACUUGACGGCGGCCAGUUUUCCUUCAUCGACGUGCGCCAUAACACGUGGCCUCUCAUAUUAGUGACCAACCCCUCGCACGCCACCUACACAAACACCCCCUACGCCACCUACGCCGACACCAUCAGGGUGCUGGCCUGGUCCCCUUCCUCCAUACGCAGGCUGUCGGUGCGUAUAGACGAAGCAGGAGCCUGGGUGCAGCUGAGCCAUGUCAAGGGUCCACUGUACUCUGCUCGUUGGCAGCCUGCGCUCUACACUGCAGGUUUGCACACGCUCGAGGUGGCUGCUGAAGACGGUGAUGGCCGGAGGGUCGUGCACCAACAGCCCUUCUCAAUGGACGGCUCGAAGCCGAGCUUCCGCCUCCUGCCGAGCAUUUUGCUCACAUCAAAUAUUUCUGCUGUGUUCCAGUUCCUGUUUGGCUGUGCAGUGUGUUUGUGUAUACUCCUGCUGUGCGUCUUCAGAUACUUGCAUUACUUAAUGAGCAGCAGUGGCAAGAGGAACAUCUGCCGUAGGGGAAUUUUCCGCUGGACAAUCAUGAGAGCUUUGGUGCGCAAAUUUUGGGUUUUAUGCUCAGUAGACGAGCUAUUUUGGCCUCUGAUUAUCUACAUGCUUUACUUGCCUGUCGGCCCCUGGAUGGUUGGAGAGCUUCUGGAUAAUGAGUACGGUGUCGUAUUCUCUUGGGGCACGUUUGUUUAUCACAGUUUCCUUCCCGGUUCAUUAACUUUUGCUUAUGGUUUUGUUCUAUUUAUUCUUUAUUUACUACCUCUUAUCUUCGGCCUUGCAAAUUGCGUGGAUCAUAGAAUGCACUCUAUUUUUGUACAGCCGAAAAUAGGCCUAUUUGCACAGCUAGCUAAGAACGUGCCUCUGGUCAUUCCUCUGAGCAUUCAGUCAUUCCUGACGUACCUCAUGUACCUCGCGUACGGCUGGGUCUGUGUUGUGCUAGGGCCCAUACGCAGCUGGUCCGUGAUUCUAGGAUUAGCUUUGUGGUUGAGAGCUGAGAGGCUGGAACCUCGACAUUUACGGCCUGCUGCAUUGCUCUGGUGUAGUUUGCUGCAUUCAUCCUCUCUGCACGACUGCAACAGCCACACUGAUGAAAACAAUGCUACCAGGCGAUCUUGGUUAAGACGAAAGAGUUCAACUGACUUGACACUUCGUCAGGACAACGAUCGCAGCGAUAGUUUUACUGAUGGUAGCUUGGACACGACAGUGAAGCUUAGCAGUGAAAGGCCAUUUAAUAACCACGAUUUAAGUGACUCAUUAUCUGAAGUGAGAAAGAAGAGACCCAGUCGGAGGUCCCUCAGUGAUGGUUCAUAUGAGCAACAAUCUUCUAGUCUAUGAGACGCGAUGGCUCCCGGAGUCACGCCCUCUUCUAGCCUUUAAUGAUGCAGAGCAGGAGCAGGUCUGCUGUGUUAGUUCUGCUAGCGGAGCGGUACUGUAACCGUGAUAUUUCACACUCCAGUGGACAUGGAAGUGCAGCUAUUGUAAAGCUGGACUGAUCAAGUGAUAUCUUUACUUGUGAUGAAUCCAAUAUUCCAGAGUGCAAUUCUAUGAAUAGUAUGAUCUUUUUUUAUUAUUGUUGAGUAAUUCAUUUAUCUUUCUAUAUUAUUAUCCAUAUUCACAUUAAGAUUUUGUUAUGUUCUCAAACGUUACUUUUAAGAAAUGCCCAAUUUAUUUUUCGAUUGAUUCUCACUAUAUCCACCUGGAGAAAUACAUUUUCAAGAAUUCAAAUUUAGGUACCUUCUUAAAAUCAACCUGUUCGUGUACCCAUACUUUAUGUAGCAUGUCUUCAUGUAUCAUGAAUUUUUGAAAUGGUUAGUAUUUCAUGUCGAAAAUCCCCAUUUUUCCCCACUGUGUUU